AUGGGGGCCACUCACCACGAACCUCUCGGGGCUAUGGGCCCUGUUGAGUGGGAGCAGGUGCCCCAAGACAACCUCGACGAAUUCCUCGCCGACGUGAUCACCGAGACGCAAACAGUCAUAGAAUCUAUCCCCGCUCCGGCAAAGACUGACAGCUCAAGCUCUGGAGGACGUGCUCGGUCCAAGACUGAGUCGGCAGCUUCGGCUCCGGAUAUCAAGAGAGCGUUGAUACUGCGACAGAAGGCCGAAGCAAUCAGCCAGGCUCAAGAUCUGCAGAAGGAGUGGAAGGAGAUCAAAGUUAAUGCCAAAGAGAACCCUCUCGGAAUCAACGUCUACAAGCUGGGCUCAAAAGAUGGACGCGGCGCAUGGUUCGCCAGGCGGAGUGUACACGAGGGGCUGUCUUUUGACGAUUGGAAGAAGGGUCUUUCUGUCGAGUUCUCAGAGACCAUGAAGGUCCAGGGCGCACCAGGCAGUGGCAACAUUCGUGGAAUCGGUGCUGAUAAGCGUGUGGAGGAUAAGCAGAUUGGGGAUGACGGUCAACUGCAAGUCUUCCAACUUUCUGCCCAGUUUCCCGGGCCGACCGCUCCCCGAGACUUUGUAACCCUGCUCUUGACCUGCGAGACCUCCGUGAAGUCCGGCGAAGGAUCCCGGCCACUCCGACAGUACAUGAUUGUUUCAAAACCAUGCGAGCACCCCGAAUGUCCUCCCCGCUCGGGCAUUAUCCGUGGCUAUUACGAGUCUGUUGAAGUUAUUCGUGAAGUUCCAAUCGAUAACUUUGCGUCAAAGAGAUCCUUGUCGUCGGCAGAUCUAACAGAGCGAGACGAAGGUAGAAUAGCAGGCCCGAAGCCUGGUAGCGAGGGCCACGGUUCAAACCCGACAGACGAACCUGCUACGGCUGUCGAAUGGCUCAUGGUCACUCGUAGUGAUCCUGGUGGUAGCGUCCCGCGCUUCCUCAUCGAAAAGGGAACACCGCCUGGCAUUGUGGGAGACGCUGGCAAGUUCCUAAAGUGGGUGACUGCUAAAGCUAUGCACGGAUUCGCAGAGCCAGAAGAGAAUGCCGAGACAAAGAACGCUGUCGAGGGCGCUGAAGCAUCUACAUCGAACAAUAUGAAGUCCUCAGCUGCGCCGGUCCCAACUACUAAUAUCGAGAAAAGAAAAGUCGAACCUAUCGUUCCAUCUUCGAACCGAGAUGACCCAUUCCCUGGCAGCAACGGUCUUUACGGAGUCAUAGCUGGUGCCAUAGGCGCCGCCAGUGCAUAUAUUCCUGCCAGCCUGCUGAAGACCUGGGGGACCGGCUCUGAUCUUGGAUCUACCGACGAUAGCGCAUCAGAUGGGCAUGUCGUUGGUGAGGACCAGCAAGAUGAUGAGAGCGAUACUUCUUCAAUCCGAAGCUUCGCGUCUGCUUUGGAAAAAAGUAUGACCGCCGAGAACAAGUCUCCCGACAGUCUUGCCGAGUCGCAAUCCGAAACAUCCCGCAAUGCGCAGCAAUCACUAGCCGAUAAGGAACUUAAGAAGCUUGAACACAAGAAGAAGAAACUAGAUGAAAAGCUAGCUAAACUCGAAGAACGUCGACAAAGCAAACUUGUGGGCGACAAAGAGAAGGACGCUGCUACACUAGCCAAGUUGCGCGAGAAGCAUGAAAAAGAAGUGGCCAAGCAAGAGGAGAAGUAUCGCCGUGAGAUGCGCAAGCUUGAGGAGAAGCGUGAGCGAGAUCAGCGCAAGGCCGAGGAACGGCGACGCAAAGCAGCCGAGCAAGAGGAGAAGAACAACCUCUCACUUGAGCUUGAGCGUGUCCGUGCAGAGCGAGAUGUUGCUCGUCGUCAGAUCGAACUUCUUGAGGGGCAGGUUGGCGAGCUGCAGGCGCAGAACACGUUGCUUGUUCGCAAGCUGGGUAAGAAUGGACUGCUGGACGGUCCUGGUUCUCCGUCGUCGUCCAUAAAGAGCAUUAAGAGGGCCAGCACUGAAGUUUGA